AUGAACGUAGGGAGGAACGCACGCAAGGAGUGGUUCGACGAAGAGGAGGACGACGGCGUAGAUUGGGAGUUGUAUGGAGACGGUGAGCAUCGGUCGAACCCUAAGUUCGACCUGGUUAUUCAUUCAAGUCUCUGCUCCUCUUCGCUUGGGGUAGUGGUCAUUCUCGACUUCCUCGCUCGAUCUUCAGGACGACGCACUGUCCAUAAGUCCUCGCUCGUCGUCUACGAGUCAGGCAUCGAUAUAGGAGUA